GCCUUCCCCAGCUUCCGUCUUUUGUCUUGUCUUCCCCUCACACGAGCAAACCCUUGUUUUGGUCCUGUCUCUCUCUCACCCUAAUACGACGCUCACCGUGGCUAUUGCGACUCAUUAGCAGUGAUAUUACUGGCGGCUCUUGCUCCAGGUCCCCUGUCUCAGCGCCGCCCUGGAACACCCGCCAUUCCUUAACCAUCGCCUGAUCAUCGUCUCUCGUCUUCCGCCAAUCACCCAGGACCCCUAUCAUGGCUUUUGCGUUUGGUGCAAUCUAGAGGGUGGUUCAUCUCGAGUCUUGUCAUCUCGCCAUGGAACCACCCUCGACGAGGCACCUCGUUCCUUGCAAUUGAUUGACUGACUUUAUUCCGCCCUAUUUAACCGCCGGUGUGGCAGGCCGGCUGGACCCCAGAUUGCGAAUACCAUUUCUACAAUACGGAUUGCGUUUUCACCAUAAUUCGCCACAUCUCAAAGUUGGAAACAAGCCAUAUCUCCUUUUCUGCUCGACCACUUCAUCAUGUCUGAACAUCCCUCCAAGAGCAGCGGCCGUCGGCCAUCGAUGACCAAGCCCGUGCCGCCACCAGCCCCAAGAAAGGCGCAAGCCACGGGCAAGAAGUCGCAAGCUGGCGCGCAUAAACCAUACGCCUCAGGAAGCAAGGCGCACAUAAUUUCAAUACAGAAGCCUCAAGCGGCUUCAAGCAUGAUUGAGGUCGAGGCUCCCGAGCAAGUACCUCAGACCGUGGCGGGUAGCAGCGACAAUAAGCUAGAAACCACAUCCACCGAUUCUCUGGCUGUUGACAUUGCUUCUUUGACUCUCGAUACCCCCAUCAUCGAACUUCGAAAGAAGCCACCGCGCGUCCCGGCAACGCCAUUUCACUUUCUUUCUCUGCCCUCGGAACUGCGCGUCAAGAUUUACGAAUACUACUUUGACGAAGACGAAGACGCCCUAGACCUCUCCCCAGAAAACUACAAGCGCUACCACAAGAGGCUCGGCCUCAUGCGCGUCUGCAAGCUGCUCCGCGACGAAGCAACCUACUUCUUCUACGGCACCCGGACCUUUCGCAUCUUCCCCACAUAUCCCGGCAAAUACUUCAAGAGCAAGAAGCCCAUACUCGCGCGUCUCAAGCCCCGCCAGCGCGAAUGCAUCACCUCUUUGGAAUUGCGCCUCGGUCCGGGGUGGAAUGCGCCACCCAAGGGGUGGGCUGUCAACGAUGCGCUGGGGCUUCAGGACUGCAUCAAUGUGCAUCAGCUCAAGGUCCUUGUGGAAUGCGACCCCAGUGACAACAUCUUCAAGGGCUUUCGUCGCUCCGAGGGCUUUUACGAGAAAUUCAGCCGACAGCUUCUUGCCAGCGUUCUUGAGGCGCUGCCGGCGGUGAAAGUUGUUGAAUUCGAUGCCUGGUCUAGCGUCAAGAAAUCGGGCGCUAUGAUGACUGGCCUUUUCAAGGUGGUGACCGAAAAGGAGGGCUUGUCGAUUCAAUGGGGACCAGACCGCGGCUGGACUGACGCAGAGGAAGAAGAACCCGUGGCGACGGUUGGGCCAGAUCCCAAUAGGCCAAUCGAGACCGUUCCGAUCCAGGGGUUCGGAAACGCACACAACAUGGGUCUAAUGGUUGUGGCGUAAAUGGGCAUGGAGCCAUGGGUAUUGAGAUUCAGUUUGGAUCUUGCUGGAAUGAUUGUUACGAUGGAUGUAUCCUAUUAUAUGAACAGGCGCCUUGUUUUAAACCUUUGAUUACCCUUUUCUAUUCACCUUUACUUUUCAAAGCGUCAGUCUUGUUUACGGCGUCAACGGCCCCAAAUGAGGGUACGCGCUCUCUUUGCAUAGGUAGCUCAAAUAUACCACCACCCCUUCUAUAGGCUAUUACUACUCCUAAACUGUCUCAUAAAGUUGAAAACAUGGUGCAUUUCGCUUCAUUUGGUAUCCCAUAUAGAUUCAAUUUCCCAAAACUACUACUUUCUCCUUCUCCUUUCCUUAGAGCGCCCCAAGUGUAGACAGCGCAUCCCGCAGCUCCUUGAUCGCCGUCGGCACAUCGUCGAAAUUCAACGCAGAUAUCGCAAACUUGGCAUGUUUCUGCGCCUGCGCCAUGCUCUUCUGAUCUACCACCGCUCGCGAGCCGCCUCCCAGCUUGGGAAUCGGCGGCGGCGCUAUCGGAGCCGGUGCGUGGAUGGGAGAUGCAAUGGCCGGCGGGACAGAGGCCGUAGGAGCCGUCCAGGCAGGUGGCACGGAUGGGUUGAUUGGCUGAGGAGGCUGAGGAGGAGGCGCAAAGGAUGUGAAGUGCGGAGGAAGCUGGGGCGUAAUGGCAGGUGUAGGCUGGGGCGUGAAAUGCGGAGGCUGCGUAGAGAAGAGAGGUUCUGCAGGCGGAGCAGGGCUGGUGCUCAUUGGCGACGGAACG